AUGCACAUCAGCAGCAUCCUGGUUUGCCUCAUCCUGAUGAUCAGUGGAAGUAAAGCGUCUGACUCCGAACAGAAUGACUCUAUGGGCUCCAGGAGGGGCAGGAUGGCAGCACAGGCUUCAGUGGAAGUAGUGCGUUGUCUGAAUGGGGCUCUGCAGGUUGGUUGUGGCGCUUUUGCUUGCCUAGAAAAUUCCACAUGUGAAACAGACGGACUGUACGACAUCUGCAAGUCCUUCCUCUAUAGUGCUGCCAAGUUUGAUACUCAGGGAAAGAUAUUUGUGAAAGAAAGCCUGAAGUGCAUAGUGAAUGGGGUGACCUCAAAGGUGUUCUUGGCGAUUCGCCGAUGCUCCAGCUUGCAGAGGAUGAUCUCUGAGGUGCAGGAGGAAUGUUAUAACAAGAUGGACAUAUGCACUGUCGCUCGCUAUAACCCAGAAGCAAUCACUGAAGUUGUGCAUCUGCCAAAUCAGUUCUCCAACAGGUAUUACAACAAGCUACUUCGUAGUCUCAUGGGUUGUGAUGAACAGACUGUGUCUGCUAUAAAGAAUAGUUUGAUGGAGCAGAUUGGACCUAAUCUAGCUAGCCUAUUCCAAACUCUGGGAAGUGACAAGUGCACUCAGCUUCAGCCUAGAGUGGACUUUAAUCGCAAGAGGAGCACAGAUCCACAGAAACUCAGAGUCUACCUCCGACGCCUUCGACUAGAUGGUCCCGUUUCUGCAAAUCAGGGUUCUUCAGAAGAUGACUAA